AUGGCACCCACAACAAUGAAAGCCAUCCAAAUUCAACAAUACAAUGAGCCCUACCAUAUCUCCGAAGUGUCCAUUCCCAAAGCAAAGCCACACCAGGUUCUAGUCCGCAUCCAAGCCGCGGGGUUCUGUCAUACAGACCUCAUGGCAUUGAAGAAUGAAUUCAACACAAUGCUACCUUUCAUCGGGUCCCACGAGCCGCCGGGAUCAUCGAAGAGUAUCUAUGGAGGGAUUGUUCGAGCGGACGUCCCCAAGGGCGGGUCGAUAGGGAUUGUUGGGAUCGGUGGAUUGGGCCAUCUUGGGACACAGAUUGCGAAUUGCAUGGGCUACAAGGUGGCGGCAAUCGACGUGAAGCAGUCCGCUCUAGAUGCAGUGGCAUCUUAUGAGCAUAGCCCCGACACUUUGAUCCUGGCUAUGGAUCCAGUGGAGAAGUCCCUGGAUAAGAUCAACGGGAUGAUUUCCUCGGAUUACCCCGGGCUGGAUGCCACCGUGCUUGCGACGGAUCAUCCAGCUGCGUUUGAGCUGGCGGCGGCUCUGACCAGGAAACAUGGAACUAUGGUGCUUUUGGGUCAGCCCGAGAAGGGGAUCACCAUGUCUUAUCAGACGGUCAUCUAUAAGGAUAUUAAGCUGGUCGGUUCUUUAGUGGCUGAUACUGCGCAAGCGCAGGAGCUGGUCGAGUUGUUCCAUCGGAAUAGGCUUCAUGUUGAGAUCACGGAGUGGAAGAUGGAGGAAGCUGAGCAGAUGAGGCAGUGGUAUUGCUCGGGGGCAUCGAGUGGGAAGAAUGUCAUAGUUAUGGAGUAG